ACACUGCUUCUUACAGGCAAGUCAUAUUACAUUCUACCUCGAAUAAAAUCCUUGCUGCCAUGCAGCCACAAUGAGAAACACAGAAAAGAUUGCACCCUGUAUUUUUAAUUCAUCCAGAGUUGCAUUAUCUAGUUAUCCAAUGUGAAAGUUCCAUUCAGGCUGCAUUUUAACAACUACGGCUCUCCAGGUCUGAAUCAAAACCUAUCAAGUCUGAAAUUUGUCCACGUGAAGUUCAGUUUCUGCUUCCACCCAGGCAAGUGAGUGCCUUCAUCUCAAUGCCGAGCCCGUGCAGCUCCCCAUGCGCAGGGGUUUUGCGAUCUUCCCAGCAGACACCCUCCGCAUUUGUCGAAGCAAUUGAUCCGGCACAGGAGUCUCGUAUGUCAGCCAUUAGUCAGGUCGAAAGGUCUUUUCUGCUCAGCUUCCCUCAGGGGAUUGCCUUCAUUAUUUCCUCUCCUCCUUCCCUCUGCUGACAGACCAGCCUGCUCCUUCCCCAGCCACAGAGCUUUCCCAGCAGGACUGCGCUGAGAGAGAGAGAGGCACGGGUUUCUCGCAGGGCAGUGAGCUCCAUGCUUACAGCCCCUCUCAGGGGGCCAAGAGGCUCCAUGGUCAAGAGGAACAGGCAGAAACGUAGCACCCAUGCUUGGAGGGCUUUUUGCAUCUGUGCACACCAGUCCUGUGUUAUUUACAAAAUCUGACAAUGUGCUAUUUUUAUUAUUUGCCCUUUGCAGCUUGCAUCAUUACUAAUGUGAUUCUACACCAAAGACCUUUUUCCCCAACAGGGAUUUCUGUACCUGGGCGUGUGUGGGCUGGUGACAUUUUCUGGACCUGUUUAGGCCUUAAUCAGAAGUGUACUCAUCACUGCUGUUUACUGAAAUGUUUGCCAGUUUUCUUUCCCCUUCCUCUUUUUCUUUAAGAGGUGUAUUCAAGUUCAGUAUUGAAAUACACAGUCCCUGCUCCAAACCUCACCAAGGUUUAUGGCAGGUCAGCGAGCUUUGGGUCAGACCCUGACUUUUUUUAACAUUUUUUUUCCAAACAUUUCGAGCUACAGAGCAAUUGUAACUUUGUCAUACAGUACAGAAUGUAUGCUUCAUAGUUCCCACAUUAAGGAGCUGCUCAGUGUCUGAAAUCCUUUGGUGCGAUGAAGAAGGAGAACAUGAAGAAAUUGAAAGAUAAACUGGAAAGGAUACCGUACAAGAGGUCAAGGGCAUCUAAAGAUUCCUUUUGAGAAGCAAAGUGACACCUAAAGGGCUGAAGCAAAAAAAAGACAUAAAGUAGGCCAAUGGUGAAUGUAAAAGAGAUAUGAAGAGGCUCCUGUUGUAAUAUCACAGUGCUUUGGUAAAUCAGAGUAAUGAGAACAGUCAGAAAGAACAAUGUGCUGGAAAUCACUUUUUUUUUUUUUUUAAAUCUGCCUGUAACUUAUUAUAUUAAUCAAGGUAUAGAAAUUAAAAAAAAUUACAAAAGCAUGUACAUCUUGUUUCCACAGCCCUUUAAAUAUUUUUUGAAUUAGAUGUAACAGCUGUGGUUAAUGGCUCUAGAAACUGAAGCUCUAUUUCCAUAGAACAGCAGUAAAGUAUACGUCCUUCCCAGUUGGAGAGAGAUUAAUUCCAUUGCCUGCUCAUUCAUUUUUGACUGUUCUGAUGAGAUUGCCAAAGAAAUUUCUAUUUGUGGUGCUGACUAUGAAAAGUUAGUAUUUGCUGAUUAAACCAAAUUAUUUCACAGUCUGUCCCAUGGCAGCUGGGGGCUGGAGUAAAAACACAAAAUUUGGGCAUCAGGAAAGACUGGAGAAGCAUCAGCGCUGGCAACAAACUGCUGGAAGAUGUAUCUUUUAAAGUAUGUGCUGCCACCCAUGAUCCGCAGCACAAACGCCAAGUGUCAUCUAGUGAACUGAGGCAGCUUCGGCACAGGCCAUGCUAAUGAUCGAAGAGAGAAAUAUUUCCUCGACAGGCUUUGAGCCGCCUCUCUGCCCGGGAAGCCUCCACGUACAAGUCGGCUGGAAGGAGCUGCAGAGCCAUGUUACACCCUGUCCUUCUUGGGAGGGCGAGGGAAGCUGAGCCUGUGGUCGGAAGCAGGCGGGAAGGGCAAACGCAGCAGGCUGCUGAGGCCGCCUCUGGAGCGGAGCGGCUGCAGAUGCGGGGCUCGGACGCGGGUCCGGCUGCAGAGGCAGCAGACUCCGUCCGGCCGCUCUCGGGCGGCCGGGGGAGGAGCCGGCGGGGCGGGGGAAAGCACGGCGGGAUGUCGGCCGAGGCAUCAGCCAAUUACUUCAAUUUCUUAAAAUCCAGGGGGCAGUUUGUGGUCGAGCAGCCAGACGGAGCGGUUCCGAUGGGGAAGAGCCCCUGAGAGGCGGGCGGGGCGGGGGAGGAGCGAAGGGGCAGCGGUGCCGGCUGGGCGCCGCGGGGCCCGCCCUGCCCGUGCCCCGCUUCUUUCCCCUUCCCUUCUCCGGCCCAGCCCAGCCCAGCCCAGCCCAGCCCGGCCGAGCAGCGCCGUGAGCCCUGUUCCAAGGAGCCACGUCCGGCCCCGCCGCCAUGUCGGGCCCGGGCGGGCGCGCCGCGCUGGCGCUGCUGCUGGGGCUGGCCGGGCUGCCGCAGGCCCGGCCCCGCUACGAGCCCACCUGGGGCUCGCUGGACGCCCGGCCGCUGCCCGCCUGGUUUGACGAGGCGAAGUUCGGCGUCUUCAUCCACUGGGGCGUGUUCUCGGUGCCCAGCUUCGGCAGCGAGUGGUUCUGGUGGUACUGGCAGAAGGAAAAGAGAGAGCCCUAUGUGAAAUUUAUGGAUGCAAAUUACCCACCUGGCUUCAGCUAUGAAGAUUUUGGUCCUCUGUUUACAGCAGAAUUCUUUGAUCCCAACCAGUGGGCAGAUAUUCUGAAGGCUUCGGGUGCAAAAUAUGUUGUCUUAACUUCAAAACAUCAUGAGGGCUUUACUUUGUGGGGGUCCAAAUAUUCUUGGAACUGGAAUGCUGUUGAUGUGGGACCAAAGCGAGAUCUUGUUGCUGAACUAGCAACAUCUGUUAGAAACAGGACUGACUUGCAUUUUGGGUUAUACCAUUCCCUGUUUGAAUGGUUCAAUCCUCUCUUCCUUGAGGAUGCCACCAAUGCCUUUAACACAAGCAAGUUUCCAACCAGCAAAUCAUUACCAGAACUCUAUGAAAUUGUGACAAAGUACCAGCCAGAAAUAAUUUGGUCUGAUGGGGAUGGAAAUGCUCCAGAUACUUACUGGAACAGCACUGGUUUCUUGGCUUGGCUGUAUAAUGACAGCCCGGUCCGGGACACAGUAGUGACCAAUGACCGCUGGGGAGCUGGCAGCAUCUGUGCCCACGGUGGCUUCUACACGUGCAGCGACCGCUACAACCCCGGGCACCUGCUGCCCCACAAGUGGGAGAACUGCAUGACCAUCGACAGCAGCUCCUGGGGCUACCGCCGGGACGCGCAGCUCCGGGACUACCUCCCCAUCGAGGACUUGGUGAAGCAACUUGUAGAAACAGUGUCUUGUGGAGGAAAUCUCCUGAUGAAUAUCGGGCCCACCCAUGACGGUCGCAUCGCUGUUGUGUUUGAGGAGCGCCUGAGGCAGGUGGGCUCUUGGCUGAAGGUCAAUGGACAGGCCAUCUAUGGAACAAAACCAUGGAGAGCCCAGAACGACACAGUCACACCUGGAGUCUGGUACACUUUCACCCCUAAAGAAGGGAAAGUCAAUGCUAUCUUCCUUAACUGGCCAGUCUCUGGGAUUCUGGAACUUGGUGAGCCACGGGCUAAGCUUGGAGAAACACAGGUGAAGCUGGCUGGAUACAGGGAACUGCUGAAAUGGGUUGCCCUGGGAGAAAAGGGAAUGGUUAUUGCUCUACCUCAAUUGACUCCUCAGCAAAUGCCAUGUCAGUGGGGCUGGACCUUACAACUGACUGGUGUAGACUGAGCCAUAUUCUACUGAAGCCCUGGCUAGAGGGAGUGCUGAUGCUUUGCUCUUUCUUAUCACUGGUUUUAAACUUGUUUUGACUGAGAAAGACCAAUAAAUUCACUUUUUCUAUGAGA